ACCUUAAAAAAUCGCGUCUGGUUUAGCUGUGAUUACUAAAAUAAUUAGAAAAUAAAUACAAAAUCUUAUCAUAUCCAUAUACAAUAUGCCUUUAGACGUCCAAGGCACAUUCGUAUCUCAAAAAAUCAGCAAGGUGCGAUGGAUUCCCGAAGAAUACGUCGAAACGAAAUGUUUCUUUACCGGCAGUUGGGACGACGACGUGAAUUCCGUUAAAGUUUGGACCCUCGAAAGCCAGGAGGAUGAAGAAGUAGAAUAUCCCAAAUGUCUUUCAGAGUUCCCAGUAGAAGGAGAUGUUACUGAGAUUAAAUUUACAAGUAAAAACAGGAUAGCUGUGUCUACUUCCGAAGGAGACGUGAAGUUGUUAGAGAUCAGUAUGUACGAGAGAUCCCAGCCUUUGAAGGAGGUUUUUAAAUGGGAGAAGUUACAUAAAUUUGGUGAAGACAGCUGCUGUUGCACAGCAGUAGCAACCAUGGACAGUGACAUAGCAUCAGUGGGAGAGGAUGGCAACAUUAACUUUCUGAACGGGCACCGAGGAGAUAUUGUCCGCACGGUCAAUGGUGCUGAUAGCUGCUCGCUGCAUUCUGUGUGCUAUAUCAAGUAUAAUGAGAUUAUAACCGGAAACCUCCGCGGCCAUAUGAAGAUCUGGGAUUCCCGAUCCUCCGACAACAAACCCACCGCCUCAUUCCUUCUCGCCGGAGACGACUUAGCUGCAACCUGCAUCGUCAGCCACCCAACCCAACCUCAUAUCAUACUAGCUGGCAGUGAAUCUGGCUCGCUAGCCAUAUGGGAUUUACGUAUGAAUUCUUUCCCUACUUCGCUACUUAAUGCUCAUGCUGCAAGCGUUACAGAGAUGCAGUUCCAUCCAGUGAAUCCAUCAAAGUUAAUAUCUUGUUCGGUGUCCGGUGAGAUUUGGGAGUGGAAUAUGGAAGCUGUGAUAAAGACUACGAGAGGAGAGGAUAGUGAAGUCGCUACUUGGAUGCCUCUGGAGGAUAAAAACACUAUGUUGGUGAAUUCUUUGAUGCCGACGCUGCAUAAGGCUAUCAAUACGGUGCAUUGUGAUAGAGGGAAGAUAUUGUGCGGUGCGGACAAUGAAGCUGUGUAUCUUAUUAAUAAUUUCAAGUAUUAGUUAUUAGAUUUACAGUUGUUUAACCUUUUGAAUGCCAAGAGCCACUAUGGUGGACGUUACUAGUUGUGCCCACAGCAUCAAGGACCACUAUAUGGGUUAUGGUGGACGUUGUCAAAGUAACGUUGACACUUUCGAGUAAAGUUUACAUUCGCUCGCUUGCGCCCGUUACCCUGGCGUGACAGUGACGUUUUUGUUUAUGACAUAAAGCAUUCAAAAGGUUAAGAUUAGUUUUAUAGUAAACAGCAUGGGUAAAACACAUGUCAUCUCAAUUCAAUUAUACAAGGUUUUGCAUUUUAAGACUAAGAGAAUCCUGAGACUCAUAAAAGCAGAUUUUUUUCGAUUGGUGACUAAACAAAUCUGUAUUUAAAUAAUUUCAAAAUAUUUGCAGUGCCAGCCAUGUGUAAGCCAUUUUACACAUUCAAUAUUCGGAACAUGUAACUAGGAAAUGUAAUAAGUUAGCUGUUAAUAUAUUUGGUACAAAUAACAACACAAUUUUGUA